UGCGAUGAAAGAGCUGGAGCGGAAGCCCGCGCCUCAGUGACGUUCAUUCUCCAUCAGGGAUCUUUGUUUUGCAUCGCUUCCCAAUUUGCAUUUGCUUCUCAGGUUUUCCAUACGACGCUCCAGCCGCCGAAAAAGCCCCGAGAGCGCAGAUAAUUAGCCGCAUUCCUCCGCGAUCUCCAGCAUUCCCGACGUUGGGAAAUUUGGAGUAAUUCGAGCAGGCGCGAGGUGAACGAAGGGAAUUGCACGCGUUCGCCGCGCGUCCUCGCCAUCCACUCGCGGAGACACGUGCGAUAGAGGUAAACAGCGACAGAUCCGCUCGACAAAACUCACCUCGCGCUAUCGAUUCAACAGCAGAUACAACAGUUCAUACAGCAUGUCGGAUGUAUUACCAUAUAACGAGGACAAAAUGACUCAUUAUGGCAACGACGGGGACGAGGAACACCUUUCCUUUACCUGCCGCCUCCAAGACACCAACAACUUUUUCGGUGGCAACCAGAAUAAACGACCACCCAAGCUCGGGCAGAUCGGGAGAAGCAAAAGAGUCAUUGAGGAAGACAACGAUGGCCAGGCACUGGACAAGAGCACAGAGAAAUCCUCCUCGGCGUGAACGGACCCAAAGACUCUUAACCUCUCUCUCUUGUGUAAAUCCAAAGACAAUCCCAUCUGGCGACAAGCACACCACACAUUCACCUCUCCAUCUCCCAAUCAACAUUGUCCAGGGUUUACAGUGGGACUGACUGAGAGCGGCCUGGGGGCUUGAAGGAAUACUGUGUUUUCCAAACCAUUCUCCGAGAUAUGUGCAAUGACAGGGUUUGGUCUCAUUAAAGAGACGGACUCUCCUUUUAGUUUUUUUUCUAAUGAAGCAAUUUGUUAGACUGAGCUGAGCAAACAAUACCAUUAACAUCAACCCAGUAUCUUCCCGCUCAACCCAGUAGCCUACUGGUGGUGUUAAUGGUAUACUAGCAAUGACAACUUUAUCUUCCAGAGUGGACCUCUAAAGAUGUUCCACUAUGUAUCUGUAAAAAAAGGCUAUUUAUUAAAUCUUUGAAUACAUAUUUUGCAGUGUUGAAGCCAGGUUGAGCAACCGUUUUUUAUGGAACGACGACGAGAAGUGACUUUUGCUUUGGAUAAAUGUUUUGUAUGUAGCUUAACUGUGAUUCUCGUGAUCUGCUUCGUUUCAUUUCAUUCACUUUGAUGUUCGGUUCGAUCUGGAAUGUCAGUUUAAGGACAGUGACCUUAUUAUUGUAACGCAUAAUAACUGUAGAUGUGCCAAAUUUAUCCUGACAAGAAACAAGUGUGCUUUCUUGGCGUGCACAGGUUUAUUAAUAUUCGGUGGUCAUGUUUACUGGGCUCUUGAUGUAUUCUUGUUAUGCAUGACGAACCUCAAGACCUCAAGAACUUCUUCUUGAAUAUAUUAUGUAUUUAUCUCACUGAACAUUUCUACAGAAUAUCUGUUAUAAUAAAGAUUUUGAGAAACAU